UGCUAAGCACAGAUAGCAGAUGUUCGGAGUUCUGAUGUUUUGUAACCAGCAAAGUGUACACGGCAGGGCUAUUUUCACUCGAUUUUCUUUAUUUUUUUACGGCCAAACCCUGUUCCGUAUCGCAAAAAAAACCGCACCGAUCGAAAGCCCGGAGUUUUUAGAAUAUGAAAAUUCGAAAUUUUAAGUUUUUUAAUUAGCCUCGAUGUUGCUGGAACCAGUGUUUUGUCAUACACUCUGCCGUUUACCAAACUUCACGGUUUGGAAACCAUUUUGUUUAGCAAACGGGAAUAUGUAGUUUUUUUCUUUGUGUUUUCUAAAUCUAACUUAACCUUUUGUCGAAAUUCAGUGCAGUGAUUCUCUGUAAAUUAGCACCAAAUAUAAAGGUGCGCAGCUAACAAAUUCUAAGAAAUAAAAAAAAUGACCAAGAAAUAACCAAACCUCAAAAAUCAUAGCACCAUGCCUCGUACUUACAGGCGCACCGACAGCCCCCGGGCUGUCUACAAGACCAUUCCGUCGAGCUCCACCCCGGACAUGGGCAUCAUCAAAUCCGAGAUGACGCCCAGUCCACAUCUUCUGGACCAUGGAUAUGGGGCUACGCCUUUAAACCAAGUGAUGUCUUCAUCAAUACCGAUGCAGGCACCAGCUGUCAAACGAAAACUCAACCUGGACUCGAGUAACUUCGUCGUGCCUUCUGUGGUGCCGAUUGGUAACGAGUUCAAAGCUCCGCAACCGAAGAAGCCUAGGCGGACGAUGCCGGCAAAAAAGAAUACAAGGUACGACACGUCCUUGAGUCUGUUGACGAAGAAGUUUUCUGAUUUAUUGGAAAAAAGUCCUAACGGGGUCGUAGACUUGAACAAAGCAUCGCAGGAGUUGAAGGUACAAAAAAGGAGGAUAUACGACAUCACGAACGUUUUGGAAGGCAUUGGAAUAUUAGAAAAGAAAUCGAAGAAUAAUAUACAAUGGAAAGGUGCGCAAGGUCAAAACAGUCAAUUUUUGACGUUGAGCAAGCAACUGCAGAGCCUGGAAGAUCUUGAAAAUAACCUGGAUAGGAUGAUUGUGUCGGCUGAGAGUGAGUUGAGCAAGUUGACUAAUGACAGGUACGGUUACGUGACAUACCACGACCUCCGUUCCAUAGACUGCUUCCGGAACAAGACGGUGAUGGCCAUCAAAGCGCCGCCUAAUACGCAGCUGUCCGUGCCGCGCACCGACAAGAACGAAGAAAAAUUUUCGAUUCAAAUGAAAAGCGAAACGGGCGAAAUCGACGUUUUUCUUUGUCCCGAAAAUUUACCCCCUAGCAAGCCGAAACAAGUGCCGCCCAUGGACAUGCUCCUCAGGGAUAUCAAGCUUAGUCCGGCCGGUUUGUUUGAUUUAACGACUCCGCCAGUGCCUCAGUUGGAUAGUCCAACGCCCAGACCAAUCUCCACAGACCUUUGCAAAAGUCUGACCUUCUCCAGAGACUCCUUCGACCCAGGUCCAAGCACGUCGAGUCAACACAAUCACCUUCAGAAUCAGCACCGCCUUCAACAAACGCAAUACCAACAACCAUCUCUGAUGAGCUGCCAACAAAUAUCUCCUUUGGGAUCAUUGAUAAAGAGCGAGAUAUUCAGCCACCAUGGAGAUGGAGGAGGGCUAGGUCCCAUGGUCGGGCGAUUUAACUUUUCACAGACUGAACAUAUUAACUUAGAUGUUAUGGAUCCUCUUUUGUGCAGUGAACUGGUUCCACUAGAACCACUCAUGCAACCUGAGUACAACUUCAGUUUAGACGCGACAGAAGGCUUAGCAGAUCUCUUCGAUUAUGAUUUUCUUUCUUAAAAAAAACCUUUUGCUCACCCUUGUACAAAUUACACUUAAAGAACGUCGCCCCGUAGAAAAAUACAACAAUGUCAACUCGUUUUAGAAUUUGGGAGUGUAAGAAGUGCUCAAAAUCAUUUUCGAAAUCUUGAAUUUCAUUUUUGUUAGCUAUAAGCUAUACAUUGUCACAAAAAGUGGCCUUAAGAGUGUUCCUUGUGGUACAUCAAAGUUAAAAGUGGUUGUUAACGUCCUGUUUUGGUAAAAAUUUAAAAAAUAUAGGACAAUACAUUACAAUUACAGGGCAGUUGUUACAAUUUUUUUUGUUAAAUUUAUCGUUUUAUAUUUGGGAUACAAUAAAUUAAAUACCAAACGUCCCUCCCUUAUAAUUAAUAGUUGGUGACUUUAUUGUAUUUCUUUCAAUUUUAUUGUUGGAUUUUAUUUUAUAGGACAUUGUGUAUUUUUCUACAGAGCAUCCCAAACAAUUAAUAUUUAGGUUUAUCAAAUUUAGGUAAAAAUCGCAGAGUCCACUGCACUUUUUGAAAAUAAUAAAAGAAAAACGCUUCGAUUAUGUUACUUUUUGUUUAUAUAUCGAAUUUUUCGAACGAAAGGCUUAACGUUUUUAAGAUGGAAAAUGAUAAAAAUGGCAGAACGCGUUUUUUUGUGCAAUUUUUUAUUUCGCGCGCUUUUGCAAAAGACUGAUUUGACUGGUUGGUAGAAAUUUUGAAUUAGUUUGGGGUAUUAGCUAAUAAUUCAGAUGCGUAUAAUAAUGGACAUAAAUCAUCGCUUAAUUCUAUUUUUCGAUUCUGGAAUAAAUUAUAUUAAAGAAUAAUUUUGGCAAAUAAUAAGAUAUUUCCAGUAUUAAUUUAAUGUCCACAAUAAUAAAAGAACAUUUUUAUUAAUAGCUUCGUUGUUCUGCAAAUCAAUCAGUUGAACACUGAUUUUUGACGGUAUUUACAAAUUUGAAACCUUCUGUGGUAUGUUUUCGAUUAUUUCAAAAUUCUUAAAGAUUUUAAGCCUAGAAUUUCCAAAUAACGAUAUUGCCGAUGCGCGUCAUUCUUAAUUAUAUUUAAUAUUUAACAUACUGGGGAGGGUCCAUCAGAGAGUCGAAAGUUUUGUAGCACCAUUAUUAAAGCAAACAUUUUUAAUAUAAAUGGAAGUAAAUUUAAAGAUUAAAUGACCAAUCCGAAGAAAGUUCAAUCUAAAUUAUUCUAACUCGUUUUACCCUGUAUGAUUCACAAGUUGAGAGAUAAAAAAACUUGAACGGUCAGUUAAGAUUGUUCAUUAUAUGAAUGCGUGAGUAGGGGUGGCAAAAUAAUGGAUUAGUUGUUUAUUAUUUAUUUUUAAUCGAUUACUUUUGAUUACAGGUUUGCCAAACCGGUCGUUUCAAUUUCCCCCAAAUUGACAUUAAAAAUCCCCCAAAACCGCAACCUUAUAAUAAAAAAUCCCCCAAAAAAAUUUAAAAUACAAAUAUUUACCUACUUAAACCAAAAGUUUAUAAAAAUGGUUGUUCGUUAUGACGAAAUUUUUAGAAAUCCAAUAUAUUAAUAAUUUUAUAAAAAAAGUAAAAAAAAAACAACUUAAACGUUGAUACAACAAUAUUUAUAUUUACAGAAAAAAAACAAAAAUUUGGAUUCUUAUUCUUAAUAAUAAAAAUAAAUCUUAAUGUCAACAAUAAAACUGAACAUAGGAGUAGGGUAACAUGGGGUUAACUGAACCAUCUGAUGGAAAUAUUUAAAUUGAUAUUCUGGUAUGAAAGCUUAGACCAAAAUUUUGUCUAGGGCAUAUAAUUUGAUCAUAUAACAAUGGAAAAAAAAUACAGCUGACACACAGUUUAUUAAAAGAAGCUUUUUUUUAUUUUUUGCAUUCCUGCAAUAUGGUUCAGUUGACCCCAUGUGCAGGUUAACUGAAACAUAUGGGUAGGUUAAUUGAACAUAUGGGUAGUUUAAUUGAACAU